CUUCUUCCUGUUUGCCAGUAGUUUGAAAUUUUACAACACUCAUUGUACAAAGAUAAUUUUCAUGAAAGUUUCUUGGCUCUUAUGAUUUUAUGGAAUGAUCAUUAAUGCUUCAGUAAAUAUUUUACUCAAUCAAUUGCAUGCAGCGACACAGGUCUAUUUGUCUUGUUUGAAGUUAUGGUCCCACAGCAUAGGCUAGUGCCAUUUUUGAAAAGAGCUUUUAGUUAAGGACUAAGCAACAAACUAAAAUAUGGCAAUAUAACACACCAUUACAAUAUAAUGUAUAACCAUUACAAUAUAACACACCAUUACAUUAUAAUGUAUAACCAUUACAAUAUAACACACCAUUACAUUAUAAUGUAUAACCAUUACAGUAUAACACACCAUUACAUUAUAAUGUAUAACUAUUACAAUAUAACACACCAUUACAUUAUAAUGUAUAACCAUUACAAUAUAACACACCAUUACAAUAUAAUGUAUAACCAUUACAGUAUAACACACCAUUACAUUAUAAUGUAUAACCAUUACAAUAUAACACACCAUUACAUUAUAAUGUAUAACCAUUACAGUAUAACACACCAUUACAUUAUAAUGUAUAACCAUUACAAUAUAACACACCAUUACAUUAUAAUGUAUAACCAUUACAGUAUAACACACCAUUACAUUAUAAUGUAUAACCAUUACAAUAUAACACACCAUUACACUAUAAUGUAUAACCAUUACAAUAUAACACACCAUUACAAUAUAAUGUAUAACCAUUACAAUAUAACACACCAUCACAAUAUAACACACCAUUGCAUUAUAAUGUAUAACCAUUACAGUAUAACACACCAUUACAUUAUAAUGUAUAUCCAUUACAAUAUAACACACCAUUACGUUAUAAUGUAUAACCAUUACAAUAUAACACACCAUUACAUUAUAAUGUAUAACCAUUACAAUAUAACACACCAUUACAUUAUAAUGUAUAACCAUUACAAUAUAACACACCAUUACAUUAUUCUUACUUUACUUUUCAUAGUUUUAAAUUAGUGUGGGCCCAACGGUCAGGGACCUUUCAUUUCUGUGAGAGAAUCUUUGAAUUUUGGAAAACAAAGGUCCAUGGCCUACAGUCCGUUACGUUAGUACUUAUUUCAGGACCAUUGAAUUUCUUGAGGAGGGCUUUUCUCUUGAAAAUUGAAAUGGUCCAGGACUUAACAUAUUUUUAAGCAAAUUGUAAAACUCAUAAUAGAAAGAAUUUCAAGCUUCAAUCCUGUAAGUACAUUAAGUAUGUUAAGAUGGAGAGGGGUAUCUGUGAUCAUUAGAUAAUUUCAUUGUAUAAAAAUUAGGAGGUGUGGUAUGAUAAACAAUGAUACAAUUAUUCCUAGACCAUAGGACAAAGAUAUAAACAAUGACAGGUUGUCCAACAGCCUUCAACAAUGAGCAAAACCCAUACCAUAUGAUAAUAAGGAGGUGUGGUUAGAUAAACAAUGAUACAAUUAUUCCUAGACCAUAGGACAAAGAUAUAAACAAUUACAGGCUGUCCAACAGCCUUCAACAAUGAGCAAAACCCAUACCAUAUGAUAAUAAGGAGGUGUGGUAUGAUGAACAAUGAUACAAUUAUUCCUAGACUAUAGGACAAAGUUGUAAACAAUUACAGGUCGUCCAACAGCCUUCAACAAUGAGCAAAACCCAUACCAUAUGAUAAUAAGGAGGUGUGGUAUGAUUAACAAUGAUACAAUUAUUCCUAGACCAUAGGACAAAGAUAUAAACAAUUACAGGCUGUCCAACAGCCUUCAACAAUGAGCAAAACCCAUACCAUAUGAUAAUAAGGAGGUGUGGUAUGAUUAACAAUGAUACAAUUAUUCCUAGACCAUAGGACAAAGAUAUAAACAAUGACAGGUCGUCCAACAGCCUUCAACAAUGAGCAAAACCCAUACCAUAUGAUAAUAAGGAGGUGUGGUAUGAUAAACAAUGAUACAAUUAUUCCUAGACCAUAGGACAAAGAUAUAAACAAUUACAGGCUGUCCAACAGCCUUCAACAAUGAGCAAAACCCAUACCAUAUAAUCAUCUAUAAAUAGCCUUGGUAUGAUAAAAUGUGAAACAUUUCAAAAGAAAAAAUCCACAGCCGAAAAAAACAAUGAAGGAAAAACAAAUAUGGUACACAACUAACUACAUCCACUACGUUAUAGGUCCUGUCUGUGGACAGGCACAUAAAGAAUAAAAAAAACAAUUGAAUUUAAUUUGACAGUUCUAGUUGAUUAUGGACAGUGUUUUAAGAAACUGUUACUUGAUAUUUGAUAUUGUUUUUCAUGUGUGUCUAAAAGCUAGUAAAUAAAACUUUUGAAAUUCUUAGGUCUGGGAAAGUGCAAUAGAUGUUCUGGCGUUCGAUGGAAAGAGUCACACCCUGCUUGUAGAAUACAUUUGUACCUCAUUUAGGAUAUAAUGGAGGAUUGGAAUAAGAAACUUAUAACAGCUGCUGUUACUGGAGAUAUAGAAGCCUUAAAAUUAAGUCUACAGAAUGAUGCAAACAUUGAUUUUCAAGGUGGUAGUGGAUUGACAGCAUUAAUGAGGGCUGCCUGGGGAGGACAGCUGGAGGUCUGUAGACUUCUCAUUGAUACAGGAUGUAAGAUCGACACCACAUCAACAGGUAGUGGAUGGACAGCAUUAAUGUUUGCUGCCUACAGAGGACACCUGGAGGUCUGUAGGCUUCUCAUUGAUACAGGAUGUAAGAUCGACACCACAGAUAGAUAUGGAGAAACAGCUUUACAUUGGGCUGCUGAGAGGGGAUAUCUACAGAUCACAAGAUGUCUAGUAGAACAAGGAGGUGCCAGUCCCUUGGUUACAACACAUCAGGGUAAGACUCCUUACGAUCUAGCAGCAGUUAGACAGAAUAAAGAAGUGAUGGAAUACUUACAGACUGUCAUGUCAGAGAAAUCUUCCGGUGUGACUGCUGGACAAGGGGUAGCAGAUGAAAUGGUUCCAACUGAAAUAAAAUUAAUGGCUGACAAUAGAUCUAUUGAUUUGUACCUCAAAUUACUUGAGUCAGGCUCUGAGAAAAAGAGAGACAUACGUUUAGUAGUAGUUGGAAAAAAAGGUGCAGGAAAGACAUCAUUGAUUAAAAGAUUGUUCUCUGAAGAAAAUACAGAUAUAACUAGUACAAAUGGAAUAGAAAUCCACACAAUAAAAUGCAAAGCAAAGGCUGAUGAUGGCAUAUGGAAUAAAUUAGAUGGAACCAAUGAAGAAACUGAAAUUCAUGAACGACUGUUGAAACAAUUCAAAGAAACAAUUGAAGCAUCAGUAGAAGAAGGAGCCCAUCACGCUGUUAAGGAAAACACACCAUCAACAAGUUUUGAUGAAUCAGAGACAGUAACCCAGCAGCCUAAAAAAAGAAGACUUCAAGUAACCACUGCAUCUCAAGUUGAACCUCUAGUAACCUCGCAGCAACGAAACCAAUCAUUAGAACAGGCAAAAAUGGAUAUUGAAACCAUGCUUAAAUCUAAUGUUGAUUUACAUGACAAAGAGGAGUAUGCCACAUUAUUGCUAUGGGAUUUUGCAGGAGAUGAAGAAUUUUACCACACACAUCAAACCUUUUUGUCCUCAGGUGCAAUUUAUCUUGUUGUAACAAAACUCAAUGAAGCUGACGACAAAAAUGCACAAGAUUUAUUCCAGUUAUGGAUGGAUUCGAUCCAUUGCUACAGUAGACCGGAAGAGGACAAAAGUAAUUCUGCUGACAGCAAGUCAUCAGAUGAUCUUGAUCCACCAGUAGUUAUUGUUGGUACUUGGAAAGAUGCUGUGACCUCUGAUGUAGAAGAGAUUGACGAUGCAUACCGAAAAAACAUUUUUAAGUUUACAGAGAAUAUGUCAGAAGAUGAACUAAGACAUAUAAGGCAAGAAUAUUUCAUUUCCAAUACAGAAGAUGACCCCAGUGUAUUCCAGCAAAUCCGAGAAGACAUCCUAAACUUAGCCAGAAAAAUAAAAACUUGGAACAAAGUUUACCCCUUAAAAUUUAUUCAGCUGGAAAAACGACUUCAAGAGAAAAAGAAGGAGUUACCAAUUAUUUCCUUUCAUGAAAUUCAGUACAUCUCUUCUGAUACACCUAAUCCACUUAAUGAUGAGGAACUCAGAUUGUUCCUGGAAUUUCACCAUGAGAACAGAGCUUUAGUUUAUUUCAAAGAUCUUCCUUCUUAUAUUAUUUUAGACACACAGUGGUUGUCUGAUGCUUUUAGAUGUAUAGUCACAGCAAAGAAAUUUAGAGCUAUUAGUAUUAGAAAUAGAACAAACUGGAAUGAAUUGUAUAGUAGAGGCAAAUUACAUAGUGAGGUUUUAGACGACAUAUUUAGAAAAAGUGAAAACAUUUUUUCCAAACACAAGGAUCACAUCCUGAACGUAAUGGAGAAAUUUGAUAUCAUUAUACGUCCUAACAUAUCAGAGACUCAAAGAGACACUGGUGAUGACAAAUCUCUUUAUUAUGUACCUUGUAUGAUUAAAUCAGAACCCGAGUGUGAUAUCUACGAAAUGUUUAAUGUUACAGAAAACACUUGUAAUAAGUCCACCUGGUUAUGUUAUAAGUUUAGGUUUCUUCCACCUCAUUUAAUGAAUCAUUUAAUUGCGUCACUGUGCAGGAAAUAUAAAGUUGCAGAAGUUGUCACUAAGGAACAGAAAAGACAAAUUGCUCUUUUCAGAGGCGUUGCUGUCUUUGAGUUACAGAAAAAGACAAAAUUAGCAAAAUUACAUAUAAUGAAACGUCCGAAUAUGAUUCAAUUUCAGGUUUGGCAAUUUGGGAAAGGACGUGAACGAGGUAUGUACAAAUACAUAGACGACUUUGUGACAGAGGAAAUUGUCAAAAUAAUAAGCACAAGAUUUAAGAUGUCUAAUGUGAACUUUUGGAAAAAAUGGGAAUGUGGCCUAACAAAACCAGAGUCUGUUACAGGAUCAAAUGAUUUUAAUGAAGAGCAGAUUGCAGAAUAUUACUGUGAGAAAUGUACAUGCACCCAUAUAUUCAUUGAUGAAUGGCAAGAUCUGCAAAGUAGAAUGCCUUGCCUGUCCCAGAGUUGUGAGAUUAAACCAGGACUGAAUCCUAACAUAGAAAGCAUCAAUCAAGUCCAAACUACAUCAUCUAAGGUGUGUGUCCGUGUCAAAGCUAUUAAGAGAGACAUUUCAAAUAUCCAUGAUGAGUCAACAGUAGCAGCCAGUUUGACAGGGUUCACAAAAGAGGAAAUCAACUUUACAAAGAUGGGAAUGAUUGUGCUGAAUAUUCUCGCUGAUGCUUUAUAUGAUUUAUUAAAACAAGACAAACAAAAUUUACGUCCAAGGAGUGAUUGUGAUAUUACACACUUGUACAGUGAGCACAGGAAACUUAAUAAACAUAUUCCUAGUAAUUCAUGGGGCGGUCAAUGGCAAAGAAUUCAGAAUACAGACUUAGCUAUUGGAGAUGAUAUUGAGCGCAUUAGACUUGCAAGAAACGAAUUACAACACUCUAGGAUAUUUCAACUUGAUAAUAAACGUUUUAUUGAAUUGUGUAACAUACUAAGCGAUCUUUUAAAACGCUUUGAUCAACAUAACAAACCAACAAGGCUGUAUACAGAUCAUUUAAAUGACAUUUUGGCUAAAACUAUUUCUGCAGAGGAAGUGAAAUCAAUUGAAAAUGAAAUAUUAGGAAUGGCUUUUGAAGUUGAAAUUGAACACCAAAUCAAUGUUCCAACACAAUAGAGAAAUAAGCUCAUCUUCACAAUUUGUAUAACAAACAGUUAGGUAUGUAUUUUAUGAACAAAUACACAUACUACCACAGCAACAGAUUUACAGAAGACCAAUCCUUUAUGUAUAGAAUCGAUCAUCCUUAAUAGAGAGUUUAUGCUGCUGAUUGAAGUAGAGUUACAGAAAAUAAUGGGCAAGAUAAAAAAGAGUGAACCAAAGCGGAAUGAUUUGACUAAAGUUCAAAAAUGGACCAAUAUUGGACUGUUUCAGUAUUAUUUUUAAAAUGGAAUCACAUGCAGCAAAUACUGUAAUAUUUAUAUUGCUAAUACCAAAUCAAGUAUGUACAUAGAAUGAAUACUUGUUUAUACAUAUAUAUUUAUGUGUAAUAAUGAAAUAUAGAAAAAUGUUUUCAGUACAGUGAGAAAAUGAGACAAAACAAGAAAACAAAUAAGGAAUAUUUUGUCAUUGUUUUUGAUGAGAAAGAUAUACAUGAAUUAUUUUAAUGAUUUUGUCGUUUUAGGGAAUUUAGUGCAGAUGAAAGAAUUUGUUAAAUAUAUUCAUAGUUUUUUCUAUAUUUUGCACGAUUUAAUCUUAUGUUAAUGAUUGCCAUAUUCCUUGUGUUUUAUCUGUUGUAAAAAACUGUAUUUUGACAUUCAAAUUUCUUUAUGUUUUUGUUGAUUGGAUUGCUGUUUCAUUGCUGUUUAACAAGCAGCUUGUUUCUGAAAGGAAAUUAAAAAAGAUUAAUAGGGAAUUAUAUAUAGUCUUAACUUUCCAGAUUACGUUUGAAAUAUUUGUUAGUUUGUAUAUUGUUAUGUAAAAAUGAAAAUAAACAAUAAACCAUGAAGAGACAAAUCUAUUAAAA